AACCUUGCGUAUUAACGAGAGUUGAGUGUUUAUCACAUUGGUAAACCUAAUAGACAAUAAGGUUAUAUAGGUUUGCUUCCGUUCAAUACAUGAUAUGUGUUAUGUACAAGUGAACAUUUCGUCUUGGAAAUGCACUGUAUUGGAAUUGUGAAGCGAUAGAUGUCCAUGUUAUUGGAGGCAGGGCAGUGGACCUCCAGGACCAGACUUGAAGAACCAUCCAGUAGGAUGACUGCGUUUUGUGUAGUCUUGCUUUAUUUUAUUUAAAACCUAUUGUCUAAGAUCUCCUGUCUUAGGCCAUAGGUUGUGUAAAAAAUGCUAAGGUGGUUUUCAGCAGAUGAGUCCGGCUCUGCGCAUGGAGCUCCUGGCUCCCCGCAGGUGGACAUGGGCAGCGAAAUGAGAUUUGCUGAGGUCACUGAGCAGCUAACGCAGAUGGAGGAACUUGUGGCCCAUUUAAAAGAGUUGAUCAGGGAAAAGGAUGCAGCACUCAGCAGUAAAGAUGACCAAGCCAAGGAGCUGACGGAACAAAUGCAGCGCUUGCGGGGUGAGAAAGAAAACUUUCAGUCAAAGCUGGAGGCAGAACGUCACAUUACUCGGGCUCGGAUCAAGGAUCUGCUGGAGAAACAUGAAGCAGAGCUGCUCAGUGCUGCUGAUAAACAUGAGGCUGAGUUGUCAGAGAAGGAGCAGGCCUUACGCAGACAGCUUGAGACUCUUCAGCGCUCUAUAUCACAGCCCGCAGAUGCAUCAGCAAACCAAUCCACCUGCAUCACAGCUCAGAGAGUCACAGAGCUGCAAGCCCAAGUGAAGCUGAAAGAAGCAGAGACCAGUAAAGCAGAAGCAAAGUUCUUAAAAAUGAAAGCAUGGUCCAAAUCUAGGAUCAGGCAGCUCGAGGAGGAACUCAAAAAAGUUAAGUCUGGAGUAUGUCUCGACAUGUCCCCUGAUGUCACGACCCUACAUAGUCGCGUUACUGAAUUGCAAGAGGAGAGAGAGGAAAUGCUCAGCAAACUGGAGCUGUAUGAAGAUAUGAAGUCAAAAAAUGGUAUGAAGAAGUGGAGCCAGUUAGUUUAAAAUGUAAUUUAUUUGCAUUAGGGAUGGAAGUUUUAUUUCUUUUUUCUAUUCAAGCACUCGACAGAUGCAGUAAUUGCCCAAAUUGAUGUCUGGAGAUGAUAUUUCUUAAUAUUUGCUUUUAAUAACCCUACACAAUUAAAAUACAUUGGUAAGAAGUAGGGAUGCGCGAUAUUGGAUUUUUGCCGAUAUCCGAUA